AAAAUACUCUUUAUUCUUUGCAGUACUGAAGCUUAAUUCGAUUUUUUCUUCGAAAAAAACUCAUUUUUCAAAUUAUGGAAAACUGAAAAUUAUUCGUAGAGUAAAUAAUGAUCCAACUAUCUCAAAACGUGCUAUUCAACGAGCAGCCGAGGUCAAACUUCUCAAGAAGUUCAAUGUGAUUUGUUCUAAAAAUGACUUCUCUUAUGUAGCAUAUACCGAUAGUUUUUGCCAAAUUACAACUGAAGACUUAACUUGUUAUGCUUUUAGACCUCUUCCAGAAAUAUAA